AAAGUUUUCAUUAUUAUUUUUUAAUGUUUUUUUUUUGAAGAAAGCCACAAUAAACCCUAAAUCAAAUUUCCCCCUUUGAGCAGCUGCCUCUUCUUCAUUUUUUGUUUUCCGAUUCCCCUUCCGCCGAGUAAAAGCCGCGACUGAAUCAUGAGGGGAUUAAAACGCGCCGCCGUUUCCGAAGAUAAUGAAUCUUCCUUCAAGAAUGCAAAACCAGUGGAAGGAAACUUAUUUGGUACCCUCAAUGUGGCACCGAUGCAGCAGAGUCCAUUAACGUCGGUAUCAUUGGAUAAACAGAGGGCUGAGUUAGCAAGGAAGCAUGUGAGAGCUCUUAAUAACCAAUUUGUAAGUUGGGUGCAAAUACAGCUGAAGAAUCAUCCUGAUGAACUCUGGGAAGAUGGGAUGAAUAACUACAUUAACCAUGCUUCAAACAUUAUGGAAAAGUUUAGGGAUGUGGUCAACUGGUUAAAAGAAAAUAAGGGAAAGGGAGAGAAUGUAUCCCCUGAAUCUCGUGGAGCAGAGAAGAAGUUAGUGGCUGAAGUCAAGAAUAGCGACGUUAAACCAGUUUCAAAUAACAGCCUGUUUGGCUCAAACAAUCAACCUGGGCUCUUCUCAAACAAUCAAUCUUCCAAUUUUUCCAGUAGUCAGUCUGGUUCGUUUUCAAGCCAGCCUGGAGUAUUAUCCAGCAGUCCAUUUGGUUUAACAUCCAAUAGCCAAACUGGAUCUUUUAGCAGUGGCCAGUUUGGUUUGACCAAAAGCAGCCAACCCAGCCUAUUUUCCAGCAGUCAAGCAGGAGGAAUCUCUAAUAGCCAAACUUCUUUCUCACUUUCUAAUAAUCAGAACCCUUUUUCAUCUGGAGUAACUCCAGUGUCCAUACCGGCAAAGCGGGAUUCCCCAGAUGAUGCAGACGGAGAAGAUGAACAACCUCAACCAAGCAGUCCAUCCGUCAAAAAGACCGAAGAGAAGGGUGUUACUGUGGUUCAUGAAGUCAAAUGCAAGCUUUAUGUCAAGUCAAAUGAUCCAUCAGAUAAAGGUACAUGGAAAGAUAAAGGAACUGGGAAUCUUUCCAUAAAAUGCAAAGAAGGUGUCGACAAGGGAACAAAAGAAUCAAAACCCACAAUUCUUGUCCGAAACGAUGUCGGGAAACUGCUUCUGAAUGCUCUACUGUACGCUGGAAUUAAGACGAGCGCACAGAAGAACGCACUUGUUGCAAUAUUCCACUCUUCGGAGGAUUCCAACGAGAAUGUAACUCCUAGAACCUUUCUGAUAAGGACAAAGACGGCAGAGGCAAGAGAUAAGUUAGCAACAGCCAUCCAAGAAUACGCACCUUCUUCAUAAAAUGCCCAAACCCAGCUGAGAUCUUUACUGUACCAUCUUUAUAAUCUUUAAUUGAGCCAUCCUCUCUAUUUUUUGUUCCCUUGAUUUGUAAUAUUAGGAAGGCUCUUAAGAUUAAUAUAAGGCUUGAUUAAGGGCAUGAAACUGUUGUAUGAUUGAGUGAAUGUGAGAGAAAGAAGGCCAAAGUUACUUUGUAGCUUAUUAGAGAAUGUUUUGCCAUGUAACUUAAAAACCGAAAACAAUAAA